GCCGACCAGAAUCUGCCGCCUCAGUGCGCGCGGCACAGUGUACAGGAAAGCGGAUACGGGCCGACGUUGGCGAGCAGAAGGGAAAAUAUUUUCUUCGCCGGAAGUUUGAAGGCAGAGAUGAAGUAAUUUCCGCUCGGGUUGCGCUGCUCACUUCUAUUUUGGUCAAGUCUUUACGUUAGAGAUCCUUUUGCGGCAUGGCACUAAAGUGUUCAGCUUGCGCUGAGACUCUUUCAUCGUUGAAGCUCGCGGAACAUCGUCGCACCAACGCGAGAAGCCCAUUGAAGUGCGAUGGCUGCUGUAAAAAGUCGAGUGUUGCACUACACCCCAAAAGGCGAACGGGGACCUUUCAAGGUGAAAAGCUUUUCGAGUGUUCAGUUUGUCUUGGAAAGUUCAGCCAGGGAUAUGAGCUCAAACGUCACAUGAACAUCCAUGGGGAAAAGGGUUACGAAUGCAUGGUCUGCAAUAAGAAGUUCAAUCGUAGAGGUGCUCUCACACCUCAUCUUAGAACACACACGGGAGAGACGCCUUUCCAGUGUACGAUUUGUAACAAACAGUUCAAGGUCAAUUCAAAUUUAAAAGCGCAUCUUCGAACCCAUACAAAAGAGAAGCUCUUUGAAUGCAUGGUGUGCAAUAAGAGUUUCGGUCGCGGUAGUAGUCUCAAAAUUCACAUCAGAACCCACACGGGGGAAAGGGAUUUUCAGUGCACUGUUUGCCUGAAGGUUUUCAGUCGAGGAGACGUUCUCAGAAAUCACCUUAAAGUCCACACAGGAGAGAAGCCCUUUGGGUGCACAGUUUGUUAUAAACAUUUCAGUGAGGAGACUUCUCUUAAGAGUCAUCUAAGAUAUCACACAAGGGAGAUGCCUUACGAGUGCACUCUGUGCAACAAGAAAUUCAGUCAAAGAGCCAACCUCAAGGUACAUCUCAGCGAUCACACUGAGGAGCAGCCUUUCGACUGCGCGGUUUGCAACAAAAAGUUUAGAUUAGGAAGCUAUCUCAAAGCUCAUCUUAAAUCCCACAUGAAACAGAAUUCUGCUCCGUGUGGAGAAACCCUCUGAGGGUGCAGUCAACAAAAUGUGAAGCGAGAGAUGACAUGUGAAAGUAAAUCUUAAGAAUGUUCGUAAAGGUGCCGCGUGUGGCUUGCAAUCAGUCGUUCAAGCUGUCUCAAAAUUCAAUGUCUUACGAACUCAGCCUCUUUGAGUAUGACUUCUAUGCGUUCUAGCAGACUUGUUUGACUUGAUCGAUCCGUUGCUGUCUUCUAUAUCUUUCCAAAUUAUCUUUUUUGUUUUGUUAAUUGUACAGUGUUGAUGCUCGAACAUUGAUGUUUAGUUAUGUGACAUUUGGUGAAUGAUAUAUUUUUCGGUGUUGGUGUGCCGGUAACUGUAUUUAAUUACGAAGUUGAGACUUACUUAUCUCUUUAUUUCUAUAAACCUUAUUAGUUAUAGAAUUGCGGAUCAAUUGCACAAUAAACGAUGAAAUUAAUAUGA